UUCUGCGUAGAUUGUUUUUGAAUUUGCGUUGUGAGUUUUGCAAAAUUUUGAAGUUCCAGAAUCAGAAGGAUGGCAGAUGGCUAGUGUCUUGGAGUUUUUAUUCGUCAAGGAUUAGUAUUUCUGGAUACAGUAUUGAAUUUGGAGGGGUUAUCAAGGAUUUUAAUUUGAAAAUUUUUAGUGGGUGUUGUUAGCUGGACAGAUUGUGGUUUUCAUUAUUGCAAAUGGCAGAUGAUGGCAUGAGGGUAGGUGGGCUUUUAUCUGGCUUGGCCGUAAUAUUGAAUGGUGAGGAUGGGAAGGAGAGUUCGUCGAAAACCCAUCUGGUUUCAUAUUGUGAUGAUUUUGGUGAUCAGCCUGUGGAGCGAGCUCUUGAGCACAUUUUUGAUCUCCCUAACAAAUCAGUUGGUCCAUUGCCUGGUCCAGUUGACAGUGAUUUAGUCCGCUCUAUUAUCAAGAAUGAGUUCUCAAAAUUUCAUAUGAAUUCUGACUCAUUGGCUAGCAAUAGGGAAGGAAUUUUUAUUUUUGACAAUGGCUGUCAGCCUCACAAAGUUGGGCUUGAAGAAUUAAGCAUUUGUGGUGAGAUUAGAAUUGUGAAGCCUCCUUUGCUUCUAGAGAGCUUAGCAAUGUUCAGUAGCAUCAGGGCUAAUGUUUGUGUGUGGAAAGGAAAAUGGAUGUAUGAAGUUAUAUUAGAAACUUCUGGUGUACAACAGCUUGGAUGGGCAACCCUAUCUUGCCCGUUCACUGACCAUAAGGGUGUAGGUGAUGCAGAUGAUUCUUAUGCAUUUGAUGGGAAAAGGGUUAGAAAGUGGAAUAAGGAGGCUGAGCCUUAUGGCCAGUCAUGGGUUGCUGGUGAUGUCAUUGGGUGUUGCAUUGAUCUGGACCAUGAUGAGAUAUUGUUUUACAGAAAUGGUGUAUCUCUUGGGGUGGCCUUUCGUGGUAUUCACAAGAAGGGACCUGGAUUUGGAUAUUACCCUGCAGUCUCUAUUUCUCAAGGUGAACGCUGUGAAUUAAAUUUUGGGGCUCGACCCUUCAAAUACCCCAUUCAGGGCUUCCUUCCACUUCAAGAACCUCCCUCAGUAAACCUGUUGGCUACUCAGUUACUUCGAUGCUUAUCCAAGUUGUUUAAUCUGCAGUGUAUUGAGCGCGCCGAUAGUUCUUCAGUUGGGAAAUUAAGAAGAUUAAAGAGGUUUGUGUCACUUGAGGAACUAUUUUACCCUGUUUGUCACAGUAUAUGUGAGGAAUUGUUCUGUAUACUUGAGACAGAUGCAAAACAUGAGUAUGUAGCUUGGGGUCCACUUCUUUCAUUCAUGAUGAAGGUCUUCAGAUUGCAGCCAGCACAUGACUAUUCUAGUUUGGACAGAUUUAUAGAUGUGUUUCUGGAGUUUCGGGAAUCCUGUCUAAUAUUUGAGUAUAUCAUCAGUGCCCUUUCAAGUUGCUGCAAAACAGCAUCAUUGGUUUUAAAUGAAUGCCCUUACUCAGGAUCUUAUUCUUAUCUUGCAUUGGUAUGCCAUAUUUUAAGAAGGGAAGAGUUAAUGGUGCUUUGGUGGAAGUCACCGGAUUUUGAAUUCUUGUUUGAAGGUUUUCUAUCGCAAAAGAGUCCAAGCAAGCUGGACCUUCAUAGCUUGAUGCCUUCAGUUUGGUGGCCUGGUUCAUGUGAUGAUAUUUCCUAUGGAUCUAGCAUGUUGUUGACAACUACAGCUUUAUCUGAAGCAGUCAGCAAGAUUGAGGAGAAGCAUAGGGACCUUUGUCUUUUGGUCAUACAGUUUAUACCACCCACAACUCCUUCCCAGUUACCUGGUUCAGUGUUUAGGACAUUUUUGCAGAGUCUUUUGUUGAAGAAUAGGGGUGCAGAUCGCAAUGUGCCACCUCCUGGAGUUUCAAGCAACUCUGUUCUUGUUUCUUUGUAUACAGUCAUACUUCAUUUUCUAUCCGAAGGAUUUGCUAUGAGGGACAUUGGUGGUUGGUUGAAGAGCUGUGAAACAAAAAAUCACAAUGUUGGAUUUCUUCAUAGAGGUGGUGAACAUAGUUUCCCUGUAGAUUUAUUUCUGAAAAAUGAUUCUUAUCAAACUGAUAUUUCAAGGCUUGGGGGAUCAUUUAGUCAUCUAUCAAAAUCUCAUCCAGUACAUGAUCAGGAAGUGGAAGUAGUUCGGUGGGAAGAAGGCUGUACAGAUGAUGAAGAAACCAGAGUGACACACAAAACCACACAGAAACCAUGUUGUUGUUCAAGUUAUGAUGUUGAAUUGUCAAAAAUGUCAAAGCAUCCAAUUAGAUAUACAGCAAAAGCUUCUCGUGUCCAUUGUACCCCUAUUCCAGAGAGGUCUGCUCAUGUUGCUGCAGAAUGCAGUGCAGGAAGUUUGAAUGAUGAGAUUGCAGACAAGCCUAGCACCAGUGAUCAUUCUGAAUCAGAGUUUGGUUAUUGCCCAAUGUGGGAUAUGAGGAUUGUGCCAAGGGAGAGUGACAUCACUUCAGCUACACUGAGAGAAGAAGAACUUCUAGAUACUUUGCUGCUGUUGUAUCACAUAGGUGUUGCACCAAACUUUAAACAGGCAUCAUACUACAUGUCUCAUCAGUCACAGUCAAUAUCACUUCUCGAAGAAACUGAUAAGCAAAUAAGAGAAAGAGGUUGUAGUGAACAAUUACGGCGUUUGAAGGAAGUUCGUAAUGAUUAUCGAGAAGAAGUUAUCGAUUGUGUCAGACAUUGUGCAUGGUAUCGCAUCUCCCUUUUCUCUCAUUGGAAGCAGAGAGGAAUGUAUGCAACAUGCAUGUGGAUAGUCCAAUUGCUUCUGGUUCUUAGCAAAGUGGAUUCUUUAUUCAUUUAUAUCCCUGAAUUCUAUCUUGAAACCCUGGUUGACUGUUUUCAUGUGUUGCGCAAGAGUGAUCCUCCAUUUGUUCCUCCUACAAUAUUUAUUAAGCAAGGACUCGCCUCAUUUGUUACUUUCAUAGUUACCCAUUUCAAUGAUCCAAGGAUAUUGAGCGCAGAUCUAAAGGAUCUUCUUCUCCAAUCUAUAUCAGUGUUGGUACAAUAUAAGGAAUAUUUGGCAGUUUUUGACGGCAAUGAAGCAGCCACACAGAGAAUGCCAAAAGCAUUACUGUCGGCAUUUGAUAACAGAUCUUGGAUUCCAGUCACCAACAUUCUUCUGCGUUUGUGCAAGGGUUCUCGCUUUGGUUCUUCAAAGCAAGGAGAAUCAUCAUCAUCAUCAUCAUCAUCGGUUGUUUUUCAGAACUUGUUGCGGGAAGCUUGCAUCAAUGAUGAAGAAUUGUUCUCAGCCUUUCUGAAUCGCCUAUUUAAUACUCUUAGCUGGACAAUGACAGAGUUCUCUGUUUCUAUUCGGGAAAUGCAAGAAAAAUACCAGGUAUUGGAGUUUCAGCAAAGAAAAUGUUGUGUAAUAUUUGAUCUCUCAUGCAACCUUACAAGGCUUUUGGAGUUCUAUACCCGUGAGAUUCCUCAAGCGUUUCUAUCAGGAACUGAUACAAACCUCCGGAGGUUAACUGAAUUAAUUGUCUUCAUUCUUAACCACAUAACUUCAGCUGCAGAUGCUGAGUUUUUUGACUUGUCACUUAGACGACAUGGUCAAUCGUUGGAAAAAGUAAAUCGAGGCAUGAUAUUAGCACCUCUUGUGGGGAUCAUUUUGAAUUUGUUGGAUGCAAGGGUGGCGACAGAAUGUGGAGGGCAAAAUGAUGUUGUAGAUGUUUUUGCUAGCAUGGACUGCCCCAGUACCAUGCAUUGUGGAUUCCAGUAUCUUUUGGAGUAUAACUGGGCUGGUUCCCUCAGAGGGGAUGCUAAUCUAGGAAAACUUGGGCAGCUAGAGAACUUCUCGAGCCUCCUUAUCAGCCGAAUCAAGGUGCAACAAAUUGAAAGGAUGGGAUGUGGAGGAGAAACAGAUGCUGAUGAUGGCAUCUGCUGCAUUUGUUAUACUUGCGAAGCAGAUGCACAGUUUGCCCCUUGUUCCCAUAAGUCUUGCUAUGGCUGCAUAACAAGACAUCUUUUGAAUUGCCAUAGAUGUUUCUUUUGCAAUGCAACAGUGUUGGAGGUUACUAAGAUUGGUGAAAAGAGAAUGUAAGAUCUAUGGUCUUGUAUUUUCUUGUUGCCUGGAAUGUCUCGCUGGCAUGGCAUGGUAUGUUGGCUGGUCAUUGAUUUGUCAGGGCUUUUGAACCCCAAUUUUCUGGUGUCCUGGACCGUCAUGGCAGCCGACAUAUUGUCUUCUCAGCGCUUGCGCGGCCUAGGUUUGUAAACCACUGGCACAGAAGCUGAAAAAGGAAGAAAAAUGGGUGAUAAUAUGAAAUUAUGAAUAUAUACGUAACUGCUUGUACCUAGGCAUUCACUUCUCAAGGUGAAAAAGUGGAUGGGAGUUGGGAAGAAAAUUCUCAUAGGUUGAUUAAGAAUUUUGUUGGGAAAUCGAGGGCAUUAUUCUGUAAAUAUGAGUUGUAAAUGGCAAUGAAAAUAUGUUGGUCUC